CAUAGGCCCAUGUGGGAGCAGGGGGAGUAGAGAGGAGGGCAUCUCAGAGGAGGCAGAUGAAGUUCGAAGGCAGGAGCCCGGUGGGCCAGGCCCAGAGUGGAGCCUGCUGGCUCUGGUUUCCCUUUUCCCUGAGAGAGGCUGGGUUCCCUGCCCCCCCACCCCCCGCGGCCCUGGGCUCUGGAGAGGGCGCUGGACAGAGCUGGGUGGAAGGCCCACCUCCUCCGGCUCUGGACUCUGCCCGGAAGUCGCACUGAAAAGAGAAGACGGGCCAAAGUGCAGGCAGGUGGAAGUCAUUCUGUCCCCGUGGAAAUACGCGCUUCUGCCCCUCCCCGACAGUGACUUGUUCACCACAAAUAUCUGGAAGGUCAUGCACAUGGAAAACACACCAAAACGAAGACAGUCUAUCUCGCUCACAUCUGUGGCCGAUGGUCUGGAGAACAUGGGGGCUGAGCUCUUGGAAAGCCUGGAGGAAGGCCGGACCCCCGGCAACGUCUCAAGCCCUGCAGAGGCCGGGGACAGCUGGACCGAGUCCAGACCGGAGCCCUUCUCACGAUGGAGGAGCCUGCGGCCAGCCCUGAGGGCCCAACGCUUCUGCCAGGAGCACACACAGCUGUUUCGAUGGAUCUGCGCCAGCCUGCUCUGCACGGCAUUCGCAGCCUUCCUGCUGACGGCCAGCCUCCUGGAUUUCCAGAGGGCCCUGGCACUGUUCGUCCUCACCUGUGUGGGCCUCACCGUCCUCGCCCACAGCCUGUUGAAAAAGCUGCUGGGGCCCAGACUGCUGAGGUGCAUCGAGCCUCUGGGGCAUUACCGCUUGGGCCUCUGGUUUGAGAGGGCUCUGGCUCUCUCUGCUUUCCUGGGCUUGGUCUUGUGGCUGGUUCUGGACACCUCCCGGCGACCUGAGCAGCUGGUGUCCUUUGCAGGAAUCUGCGUGCUCGUUAGCCUCCUCUUUGCCUGCUCAAAGCAUCACCGAUCAGUGUCCUGGAGGACUGUGUCCUGGGGCCUCGGAUUACAGUUUGCGCUUGGAGUCUUCGUCAUCAGAACGGAACCAGGAUUUAUCGCAUUCCAGUGGAUGGGCAAGCAGAUCCAGGUCUUCCUGAGCUACACGGACGCGGGCUCCAGCUUCGUGUUUGGGGAGGCGAUGGUCAAGGGUGUCUUUGCCUUUCAGGUUCUGCCCAUUGUCGUCUUCUUCAGCUGCGUUAUGUCAGUUCUGUACUACGUGGGCCUCAUGCAGUGGGUGAUCCAGAAGAUCAGCUGGCUGAUGCGGGCCACCAUGGACACCACGGCCACGGAGACGCUGAGUGUGGCUGGAAACAUCUUUGUGAGCCAGACCGAGGCUCCUCUGCUGAUCCAGCCCUACCUGGCAGACUUGACACUCUCUGAGAUCCACGCGGUCAUGACCGGGGGCUAUGCCACCAUUGCUGGCAGCCUGCUGGGCGCCUACAUCUCCUUCGGGAUAGAUGCGGCCUCCCUGAUCGCCGCCUCCGUGAUGGCCGCCCCCUGCGCCUUGGCCCUCUCCAAGCUGGCCUACCCGGAGGUGGCGGAGUCCAAGUUUAAGAGCGCGGAAGGGGUGAAACUGACCGGAGGCAGAGACGCUCAGAACCUCUUAGAAGCAGCCAGCAGUGGGGCCGCUGUCUCCGUGCAGCUGGUUGGGAACAUUGGAGCCAACCUGAUUGCCUUCCUGGCGCUGCUGGCCUUCGUCAACGCGGCCCUCUCCUGGCUGGGAGCCAUGGUGGGUGCCCAGGAGCUCAGCUUCCAGCUCAUCUGCUCCUACGCCCUGCGGCCUGUGGCCUUCCUAAUGGGGGUGGCCUGGGAGGACUGCCCUGUGGUGGCGGAGCUGCUGGGGAUCAAGCUGUUCCUGAACGAGUUCGUGGCCUAUCAGGAGCUCUCCCGGUACAAGCAGCGCCGUCUCGCAGGAGUAGAGGAGUGGGUUGGCGGCAAGAAGCAGUGGAUCUCUGUCAGAGCAGAAAUCCUCACGACGUUUGCCCUCUGUGGAUUUGCGAACUUCAGUUCCAUUGGGAUCAUGCUGGGAGGCCUGACCUCCAUGGCCCCCCAGCGGAAGAGCGACUUCUCCCGGAUAGUGCUCCGGGCGCUGUGCACGGGGACCUGUGUGUCGCUGGCGAAUGCCUGCGUGGCAGGGAUCCUCUAUAUGCCCCGGGGGGCUGUGGCAGACUGCACGGCCCUCCUGAACACGACGGUCAGCAGCAGCAGUUUCGAGGUGUACCAGUGCUGCCAUGAGGCCUUCCAGAGCCCCAGCCCAGAGGUCAGCCGAGAGGCCCUGGACGUCUGCUGUCGAUUUUACAACCACACGAUCUGUGCGUAGCGGGGACAGCAGGUCUUCGGCCUCCUGGGGGCCGCUCUUCCCCAUGAUGGGGCUGUCCCCACCUUUCUCUCUCCAGGCCCCUCCUGGGGGAAGCCAUGAGGCUUAGACUCACCUUGGUCACACGGUUGGGAAGGAGUGUUGGGGUGAGCGGGCAGAGUGAGGGAUACCCCCAAUCCUUGCCCCCUUCCUGCUCCCUCCUGAAAUGUGAAUCUCGGGGUCACCUCCACCGCUUUUCCUCUGCCUUCCACAUCCAAACAGCACUCUGGUCUUCUCUGUCUCCCACUGUGUCACUCACACGCACCCUUGUCUUCAGUUAUGGGGAUCCCUCACCCUGGGCUUUGCAGGGAGUUGCCUUCAGUUAUGGGGAUCCCUUGCCCUGGGCUUUGCCGCGGGCUCCCUCCUCCUCCUCUGGCACUUGAAUCUUGCCAUGGCUCGCCCGGGCCCAAUGGGUUCUCCUGGGAACCCCAUCCAAUAUGUUCAGAGGCUCCCCUGCUGCCUUUGUCAUAGCACUUCCCAAACUGGUGUCCCGUGGAACACUGUCCCACAAGGUGUUCAGAAGAUUCCAUGAUCCACCAGGCUUGGAAGACACUGGGCUAAAUAAA